GGGGGGGGGGGGAGAGAGUGAGUGAGUGAGUGAGGAGGAAGUGGAAGGUAACGAGAAGGUGAGGCGGCUAAGAUGGAGAGGACAGACGCGGUGGAUGGGCGAGGCCGUCUGGAUUCACGGAUGGGGAGGUGGUGUGCGGUGAAUGUCGACGGUGAGAGAGAGGGAUGGUUGGUGAGGAAGCCAGCCAAUGUGGGAGGGAGGAGGCAGUAGGCGGAGGACGGAGACGAUACCUUACUAGUAGUAAGGAGAGGAAGGAAAAGAAGCUGCUGCUACUUUUCUGCUUUCUGCUUUCUGCUGCUGCUGCUGCUGCUGCUGCUUGCAAAUGGGGCAACCCGCACCGCACCGUUACUUAGUUAGCUC